AUGGAAAAAACGCUUAACACAGUGUCGAUAAAAGACGAUACUCAGAGCGAUGAGGUCGGUCAAAUUUUGAUCGACGAGAAGAAGCUGACGAGGAAAGUCGAUUACAGAGUGCUAUCGAUCAUGUUUAUCACAUACUCCCUUCAAUUCAUGGAUAAGUUAGCGUUGUCGGCGGGCUCGGUUUUCGGAAUCAAGAAAGAUCUUGGAUUGAAGCGCCAAGAUUAUUCUUGGAGUUCAUCAGUUUUUUACUUUGGAUAUUUGCUGGGCAAUUUCAUCGUGACGCGACUUUUACAAGUGCUACCCAUUGGAAAAUUUGUGUCCGUGAGCGUCUGCCUCUGGGCCAUUUGUUUGGCCGUUAGUGCGAGUUGUUUCAAUUACAGCAGUUUGAUUGCGGCGCGGUUUUUCCUAGGGCUGUUAGAAAGCAGUAUAAGUCCCGCGUUCGUGCUUUUGACGUCGAUGUGGUGGAAACAAAGCCAACAACCCGCCAGAUCCGGUGUUUGGUUUGCAGGUAACGAUUUUGGUGGGAUUGUCAGUUCUUUCGUUGCGUUCGGCUUGGGACAUAUCAAUGGGAAAAUAGCGUCAUGGCGGUACAUUUUCAUCGUUUACGGAUGCGCAACGUUUCUUUGGAGUUUCGUGAUGUUUGCGUUCUUGCCCGACUCUCCGCAAACCGCUAGGUUUCUCACCUCAGAAGAAAAACAGUACUACGCCGAGCAUUUGCCUCAAUCGAAAGUUGAAUCCAAAUGGGACUGGGAGCAAGCGAAAUCGUGUGUUUUUGACAUCAACCUUUUAUUGCUGUUAAUGUGCACCGUCCUGUGUAUUUUGCCUAAUAGCGGUGUGAUCAGUUAUGGGUUUAUUAUCGUGGACAAUUUUGGCUUUACCCCGAUUCAAACGACGUUGUUGCAGCUUCCUGGAUCUGUUAUUUCAUGGAUGGCAAUUACUAGCACCGGACUGCUCGGUACCCGCUUUAAAAACGCUCGGUGCAUUCUUAUUGCCGCUGUUUGCGUGGUUUCCAUCGUGGGCGGUUGUCUCAUUUACAGAGGCUCCAGCCGCGGUGUAAAAUUGCUUGGAUAUUACUUUGUCUCUGUACAGCCAGCAGUUUUCCCCAUAGUGUUGUCGAUGGUGGCGUCGAAUUUUAGAGGCUCGACCAGAAGGUCCAUUGUGAGCAAUGCGAUUUUCAUUGUUUACUGCGCAUGCAAUAUCGGUGGUCCACAGUUGUUCAGAUACCAAGAUGCUCCCGAAUAUUCUCCAGCAUUCGAAUCCUGGAUUAUUUGUUACUGCCUAAACAUCGCCAUUGUAGUUGUCAUUGCUUUGAAAUAUAGGUGGGACAACAAAAAGCAAGAGUCCAAGGACCAGGAAACUUUGCCCACUACACUUGAUGCUCCUGAAUACACUGAUCCUAAAUUCAGGUACAUGUACUGA